AUGAGGCUCAAGAAGAUGUUCAUUGGCGGUUUGAACUGGGAGACUACGGAUCAAUCUUUACGGGAUUACUUUUCACAGUUUGGUGAAGUCACCGAGUGUACUGUGAUGAGAGAUGGAGCAACGGGUCGAUCCCGAGGAUUUGGAUUUUUGACCUUCAAAGAUCCCAAGACCGUGAACAUUGUUAUGGUCAAAGAGCACUAUCUUGACGGCAAGAUUAUCGAUCCCAAACGGGCCAUUCCUCGAGACGAACAGGAGAAGACUUCGAAGAUCUUUGUAGGUGGUGUCAGCCAGGACACUACUGAUGCGGAGUUUAAGGACUACUUUGCGCAGUUUGGUCGGGUUGUCGACGCUACUCUCAUGAUGGACAAGGACACAGGUCGUCCACGUGGCUUUGGUUUCGUCACGUUCGAGUCCGAGGCCGGUGUUGAGGCGACUCUAUCUACGAGUCUGGAGAUCCACGGCAAGCCGAUUGAGGUCAAGAAAGCCCAGCCACGCGGCAAUAUGCGUGAGGAGGAGGAAGCCAACCGCCGUGGUGGCAAGUUCGGCCGCAAGCCUGGCAUGGGAGGUAGUGGUGGAUCUCAGGGCGACAUGGAUGAAGCAUCGGGAGGUCAACAGGGCGCCGCUGGUGGUAUGACACCUCAGGUCAUGGCCCAGUACUGGCAGCGGAUGCAACAGUACUUUGCAAUGAUGCAACAGCAGAUGGCCAUGAACCGUGGCAUGGGAGGGAUGGGCGGCAUGAACAUGAAUCCCGCCAUGAUGCAGAUGAUGCAAAUGCAACAGAUGCAGCAAAUGAUGGCAGCUCAGGGUCGCGGUGGAGGCCAAGGCGGUAAUAAUCCGAUGGCAGCCAUGGGCAACAUGAACCCCCAGAUGAUGCAGCAGAUGAUGCAACAAAUGCAGGGUGCCCAAGGCGGACAAGACGACCAGUCCGGCGGCCAAGCAGGGGGCGCCGGUAAGCCCGGAUACAAUGCAUUUGAGCAACAAAUGUUCGAGCAGCAAAAGUAUGACCCGAGCCAAGGCCCAAGAGGACCACGAGGCCCACGGCAAGAUGCGCAGCAGCAGUACGGCCAGGGAGGUUACGGCAUGGCCGGCGGUGCUGGCGCUCCUACAUCUUGGGAGGGCAUGUAUGAUGAUGUCCCGCAGCCAAACUUCAACCAGGGAGGUGGUCGUGGUGGCUUCAACCGUAACCGGGGAGGCGCCCACCAACAGCAAGGUUCCAUGGAUCCUCAGCAUGCACCGCCUGCAAACGCACCGACCGGACCGAAGAACGCCGGACGGCCAGGCGCGAACUACCGCGGCGGUGGCCGAGGCGGAGGCAACCGGGGAUUCCAUCCUUACGGACGAGGCUAG